UGCUAUGGACAAAUUCCAUGAAGGACUUGGUCAAAGACACAUAUGCUUUACAUAGUAGUAGGAGGCCUAUAAUUAGAGAAGAGAGAAUUUGUGUCGGAGCAUAUAAUCCAAAGACAAAUAAUGCUUCUUAUCCACCCAUUUCAUCCUUGUUUUACUGCUAUUUCGCACGGGACAGCAACUACAAAAGACGAUGGAGGAUGGAUGCUAGAAUCAUAAAUCCUUCCUUUGGUGUCUUAGCUCAAACCUCACCUCAAUAAUCUUUCGUGCUAGCUAGCUUAAUCAUAUUCCAAUUCCAACAGAACCAAAUUCUGCUAGCUAGCUAGUACGUCAAAGGAAAUAAAAUAAUAUGGCAUUCAGCGGGACCCAACAGAAAUGCAAGGCUUGCGACAAAACUGUUCACUUGGUCGAAGGUUUAUCUGUCGAUGGGGCUGCUUAUCACAAGAAUUGCUUCAGAUGCAGCCAUUGCAAUGGCCUUCUUGCGAUAAGCAACUACUCAUCCACCGAAGGGGUUUUGUACUGCAAGGUGCACUUUGAGCAGCUUUUCAAGGAAACUGGCGCCUACCCCAAGAAAUCCCAGUCGUCUGGAAAGCCUCCACUCGAGCUGAAUAGAGCACCAAGCAAACUUUCUGCCUUCUUCUCUGGGACUCAAGAGAAAUGUUCAAAAUGCAAGAAAACCGUAUAUCCAUUGGAAAAGUUGACCGUGGAAGGCGAGUUUUACCAUAAAUCAUGUUUUAGGUGUGCACAUGGAGGAUGUUUCCUGACCCCUUCAACCUAUGCUGCUCUUGAUGGAUAUCUUUACUGCAAGCCUCACUUCUCUCAAUUGUUCAAGGAGAAGGGUAGCUACAGUUAUCUGUCCAAGCAAACUUCAUUGAAGAAAAGUGAAAUGCAACAAGAACAAGAGGCUGUGGAGAAAACAACAACAACAACAACAACCGAUGAUGAUCGCUCAGAGCCAGAGCCAGAGACGACGACAACAACAACAACAAUGGAAGCUGAACAAGCUGAUGAUGAUCACUCUGAGCAAGAACACUAGAUUGAUUGAUGGAACAUUAAUUUUGCAAGGGGAGGCUUCACUUGUGUCUUUGAGUAAAAUUGAUCUUUCUGGCUACAAAUAGAACAACCCCAUUUGGGACAUUUUGAAGUUCCUGAUUCAUUGGGUUGUGUGGCUUUGUGUCAUUUGGGAAGAUUCCCGCAAAAGGGCUAUUACAGUAUUAUGUGUUCCAUAAUUUGCAAACAGUCAGUGUAGACAGUUAACCGUUAAGCCUUUCUGUUCUUUGGGGCAUGUACAUGACUUUCUCAAGCCAAAGUGCAUGCAUGCAUGCUACAAUCAUUUCAGAUGUAUUUCAUUCUUUGUAUUCAGAAACAGAUAUCAGAGUAGAAAAAGAAGAUUUUAUUGUCUGAAUGGAUUACAAUAGCAA